AUGUGGAGUGAACUGAUUGGGGGCAUUCUCUUUGUGGGUUAUGUGGGAACAACUCUCCGGACUUUCAUUAAAGCUUCUACCCCGCCAGUUUGCGCCGCAUUAGGCAGCGAGUGCGUAGCGCCCGGAAUUGGUUUGGGCGACGACUACGUUGUACAUUUGCAUGGCUCCGAUUUCGCUCCUCAGGAGUUCUCUAGAAGCUAUGACUCUGAACUGGAGUCGAUGAUGUUGUAUCCCAAGGGCGAUGGAGAAAGCGUUCAUAUCGGAUCGAUAAAGACCAAGGUAGGCUUCGAGUCCGACUGCGAUGCUACUUCUAUUUUGGCGGGCGUAGGCUCUGUGGAGACGGCGAAGGCAAGUUGGCUUGGGGCGGUGUGGCGGAAGGUGACGGGGAAGCGGCAGUGUGUCGCCCUCUUGGAAUUUUCCCCAAUGGAGUCCUGGUUGACGAACAGUACGAGAAUAUUUGUGAGUGUGAUUCCCAGUUUGGCGGAGCGGUACGACCAGUUGUCGUUUUCGCCUUCACGCAGUCCGGUGUCGCUGAUGUACCAGCCGGAGAAGCGGGAUCGCGCUCGGAAAAGAUUUCUAUUGAGCGGAGUAGAGAGUCGGGCGGGGUUUACGGACCCCUACAUGGCCUUUCCCCCGGAGGUGCGAGUGGGACCCAUCUUUGUCGCCGGUAAUUUCAACUCAACCCAGUUGCUGACGCUUGGUAAGCGACAUUGGCUCCGUCGAGACCGAGACGGUGGCCUGAAAUACUACCCCGACGCACUAGUGGAGACAUAUGUGUCGCCUCGAGACGAGUAUAUUCCGCAAGACGGCGAAAUUCGGCAUAUUCGCGCUGUAGUUGCGAACAAAAAAUUCGACGUCGACCACCCCUCGAUCCGACUGUCCCUAAGCGACGUAUCCUGGCGGAAACACGCCGUGGAACAGUUGAUGAUGAGCGCUAUGGGCCGCAUGGAGCGACAGUUCGGCACCACGCAAUACGACAGUGACAGUUUGAAACUGCUGUUUGCGGGACAGUCCCCCAUUAUCCUGCUGGUUACCUUCCUUGUCUCCGUGCUGCACGCCCUCUUUGAGAUGCUGGCCAUGGCUAGCAGUUGGUCUAACUUUCGGCAGACCUGCAAGAGUCAAGACAUGGCGCAGCAGAUGUCUUCUCGAGCCAUCCUCCUGGACACAGUUUUAGAGGUUCUAAUCCUUGCCUGGCUCUACGACGAGGGAGAAGCCAAAUUAGUGCAACUUCUUCUUGCCCUCAAAGUCGUCUUCAACGCCUGGCGCUGGUGGCGGCUCGCUGGGGUGCAGAAGAAGCAACAGACCGAGACGGUUGGACUGGCGGGAACGGAGAUAGGGGAAGGGCGCGGGAACAUGUCGGAGGUAAAGGAGAACAGAAUUACUGUGUUCAAGUUGGUCCGGACGGUGAAUCCGUUGGACGCGCUCCGGCCGGAAAGGCUUAGAGUGCAGCGAGAAUUGCUCGACGCGGAUACCUUCGAGUUAUGGUCGCUGGUAUGUUUGAGCUUGUUGCUGCUGCCCGUGCUCGCGGCGUGGGCCGUGUACCAAGUAGCGUGGCAGCCGCAAAAGGGCUGGUUCUCAGUUGCGGUUUUGCUCGGUGCACACACGGCGUACGCCGGCGGUUUCAUUGCAAUGACGCCGCAGCUCUACAAGAACUACUACUACCGCUCCGUUACACACCUGCCCUGGGUUGCCCUCACCUACAACUUCCUCAACACGAUCAUCGACGACCUCUUCUCCUUCCUGAUCCGAAUGCCCAAAGCGCACCGUAUCAGCGUAUUCCGGGACGACGUGAUCUUCGUCAUUUACUGGCUACAGAAGAUUCACUACGCUAAACAGCAAAAGACCGCGGAAAGACCCAACGCUUUAAAACAGCCUAAGGCAAUUCCUGAAGAAGAGCGAAUGCCGUUUAUCAAGUCCUCUGUCGAGUUGAAGUCGAGGCGGCCCAAAACAGUCCACAGCUCCAAGGCAGUCCACAGCUGA